GAGGAAAUCGACAGGGAAUCUAUGAUGGAGAGACCUCUGUCAGCUUCAGCAGAGAGGAAGAACAACUUACAACAUUUGCUGAGAGAAGAAAUGGAAAUGCACCUCAAAGAGGGCAGAACCAGUGUGGAGAGGAACCAGGAGAGGGUCAAGCGCAUAAAGCAGCUCAAAGAGGAACUGCAGAAAGAGGAGAAAACACAAAAGAAUUCUCCUGAAGAAUCACAACAAUCAGGACAAGACUGUAGUCCACUUGACACAUGGUCACAGGAGGAAUACUCCAAACUACAGGAGCGGAUGAGGAAGAUGAAAGAAGAUCAUGAGAGAGUGAUACAGGAGGAACUGUUGAAGAUGGAAAGUGAACUGCAGGAAGAGCAGGCAGAGGGUCUGCCGGAUGAAGUGAUGUGCCUGAGAAGAGAGAGGCAGAUCCUGGUGCUGCAGAUUGAGGCCCUGCGCAGAGAGAACCAGCAGGCUGAGGCAGACCUGGAGGCUCAGUAUAACCUCCACCAGCGGGAAAUGCACUCUCUCAGAGAGGAGAGCCUACAGGUGUUUCGGACAUUUCGUCAGGUGCUGGAGGAGCAGAAGCGGCUAGCAGAAGGCAGGUACAGGACUCUGCUGCUGGAAGCCAUUCAGGACGCUGUGUAUCUGUCUUCCCAAAACCAGCAGCUUCAGGAUGACAACAUGCAGCUCCUCAAAGCUUUGGCUGAGCUGAAGGCUGUGUCUGACAAAACCAAGCUGCACGAGUGAACGAGUCAGCCAGAGUUACACCUCGGUUAUAAAACCCACAUCUGUAGAGUAAAUGCUUUCGGUCACAUGAAGUACCAAGUAACAACGCUGGAUAACCUUGUAAUGGUAACACAAGGUUUUACAUAAAUCA